AUGAUUAUUUAUAGCGAUGACUACUACGAUGGUUAUUACUUCAACCACUAUGCGGCAUAUAGUGGAUCAGCACUGCUCCUCAUCAUGCUAUUGCUGGUUAUCGCACUUCAGACAGUGUUAACAAAGGAAAUAAAGCCAGAAAUUCGCCCUUUAUCUAACAGAAAAGAUGUGAUUCACUGA